GAAUGUCAUGCAGGGGCGCCCCCUCCCGCCUCCCCACCUCCCCAACUCGAUUAUCUCAACUCAAGUUUCGUCUGUCAGCUUCAAGAAGAGAGCGACCGGAGAAAAGUGGCCGACGAUGGCUCCGGUUUCGACGGUUGUCGGGAUGGGUAACGAAGCGAAUCAAGCACACUGAAAGCCGCGCGAGUUCCAGCGAUGCGCCUCAAAGGGAGAGGAGGGCAGUGAUUGCAAGUCCCGCUCGCUUUUCUUCGCCGCUCCUGCUAGCCUGGGCUGGGUUCCGUUACAGCUGGGAGGUUGCGGUUCCCCACCCCACCCCACCACCACCACCACACCAGCAUUUCCAUGGCGGACCAGGAAUACCCCGAAGCGGUACUGGUGAGCGAGGCCGGGCCGCAGUGGCUCCGGGUCGAGGUGGAACGGCUGGCCCGGGAGCUGCGAGAAACCACCCGGGAAAAGAUCCAGGCGGCCGAAUAUGGACUGGCGGUGCUGGAGGAGAAACAACAGCUCAAGCAGCGAUUUGACGAACUGGAGAGCGAGUAUGAGGCGGUCCGACAGGAACUGGAUCAGCUCAAAGAGGCCUUCGGGCAAGCGCACUCGGCUCACAGGAAGGUGGCGGCGGACGGGGAGAGCAGGGAGGAAUCGUUGAUCCUGGAGUCGGCCAGCAAGGAGGCGCAGUACCAACAGAAGGUUCUGGAGCUGCAGAAUGACCUUCGCCAGGCCAAAGUCUCGAUUGCCAGUGUGCAAGCUGAGAAUGAGCGGCUGUCGCACAUCGCUUUGGAAAUGAGAGAGACUUCUGACCAGGUGGAGCUGCAGCGCAGUCAGCUCCGCGAUGACAUCCGAGAGUACAAGGUGCGGGAAGCCCGGCUGCUGCAGGACUACAGCGAACUGGAGGAGGAGAACAUCUCUCUGCAGAAGCAAGUGUCUGGACUAAGGCAGAACCAGGUUGAAUUUGAAAGCCUCAAGUAUGAGAUUCGCCGUCUAGAGGAGGACUCCCAGUGCCUAAACAGCCAGCUGGAGGACGCCAUGCGGCUGAGGGAGAUCGCCGAGCGCCAGCUAACCGAAGCCUUAGAGACGAUUAAAACGGAACGUGAACAGAAGGCCACCCUGCGCAAGGAGCUCUCGCACUUCGUGACCAUCGGUGGCUCCUUGUACAACGGCUCCUUUAACGUCUCCUUCGAUAACCUUAAACUCCACGACGAUCCCUCCGCGAUCUCCGAUCUGGACAACGAUGACCUGAUCCGAGGCUUUGAGAAUGGCUUGAUCAAGGCGGGGGAAGGUGACAAAGACGACUCUGUGGCAGGCCAGAGAGGAGACUUCAAGCCGGCUCCAAGCCUGGUGGACGACCUGCUGAGCGAGCUCAACAUCUCUGAGAUUCAGAAACUGAAACAACAGCUCGGACAGGUGGAAAGAGAGAAAAUGGCUCUAAUCAACACUCUGCAAGAGAACCAGAAGCAGCUUGAACAGGCCUAUGGGACCGUGUCGGAACAGAAGGAAACAGUCAACAGACUGACUGAAAACCUGAGUGCCAUGAGGAAGCUUCAGGCCAGCAAGGAGCGCCAGUCCGCCCUCGAUGGUGAAAAAGAUCGGGACAGCAACGAAGACGGAGACUACUAUGAGCUGGACAUCAACGGGCCGGAGAUCCUGAAGUGCAAGUACACCGUGGCCGUGUCUGAAGCUGGCGAGCUGAGGCAGGAGCUCAAGACGCUUAGGGCACAGUACGAGACUUGUCGGAGUCAGUACCAAGAUGAACGGGCGAGACUAGAGAGUGACCUCCAUGAGCUCAGAUCAAGGUUGGCUUCCCUGGAGAAGAUUAGCCAAGCGGAUAAAUUGGAGAUGGCCCGUCUGGAGAAGCAACUGCGUCUGGUCAGCGAGACGGCAAGUGAAUCCCUCGGCAGCCUUAAUGUGGCCCAAGAUGAGCUCAUAGCCUUUAGUGAGGAGCUGGCAAAUCUCUACAACCACGUUUGCAUGUGCAAUAAUGAGACCCCCAACCGUGUCAUGUUGGACUACUACAAAGAGGGCAAAGCAUUGGUGAGGCGAGGUCCAGAAGGAAAGGCACGCACGUCUUCUAUACUCCUCACCAACGGAGUCAUUCCCGAGGCUGACGGUAAAAAGCCGGACUCGGUCGACGCCGCGGUCGUCUCGGCCCCCGAGCCCCGCCCUGAGCCCAUGAACAUCUACAACCUCGUCGCCAUCAUCCGAGACCAGAUCCGCCACCUUCAGCAAGCGGUGGACCGUACCACAGAGCUGUCCCGCCAGAGGCUGGCCAACCUGGAGCUGAGCACCGUGGCCGAUAAGGACAAAGACGCUUGCAUGGAGGAGAUCCUCAAAGUGAAGUCUCUGCUCAGCACCAAGAGAGAACAGAUCGCCACGCUCCGAACGGUGCUCAAAGCCAACAAACAGACGGCGGAGGUCGCGCUGGCCAACCUGAAGAGCAAAUACGACAGCGAGAAGGCGAUUGUGUCUGAGACCAUGACGAAGCUCCGCAAUGAACUGAAGGUUUUAAAAGAAGACGCCGCCACCUUCUCCUCUCUCAGAGCCAUGUUUGCUUCAAGGUGCGACGAGUACGUGACCCAGCUGGACGACAUGCAGAGGCAACUGGCGGCGGCCGAGGAUGAGAAGAAGACGCUGAACUCUCUGCUCCGGAUGGCCAUCCAGCAGAAACUGGCCCUCACCCAGCGUCUGGAGGACCUGGAGUUUGACCACGAGCAGGCGCGCCGCAACACUGCCACGUUGGCGGCGGGGAAGAGCAAGGCUAAGGGCAAGGGAGCCCAGUCCGGUCAUCACUAAAUCUGUCAAGUCAAGUGUCCUUGGGGAGUUUGAUCAGUGUGAGGUUUACCGACAUCCCUUCUCCUGGUGUCGUCAUUUGAGUUCUGUUCCAAAUCACUCGUACACCAGAUCAUACGCAACAAGGGCCUUGUUUUAAAGUGCCAAAACUUUUUUUUUUUUUAAACUGUUCCACGCCGCAUCAGCAGUCUUCCAAGAACGGACGCCACUACGAUGAAUCAACGGAAGAGCCACUAUUAAUAAUUGUUCAUUUGCUUCCUGUGCGUGCGCGUUACCCCGACUGAGCACUUUGCAUUUUACAUGUCGCUUCAUUUCUAAGAUAAUUGUUUUACACUUUUCUAAUAUGAUGACAUAUUUUUACAAAAAAAAUAAGUGCAUUUUUAUCCGCCAAGGUCAUCAUUUUUAAGUUACUCUCUGACUUUGUUAUUUGUAUUUAUUUUAUAGCAAGAAGUCACUUGUUUGAAAACCAUUGUUUGAAGUAUUGAGAGACGAAACAAGAGGCGAUUUGUGUUAGAUACAUAAACGGGAACAAAAUAAUGUUUUCCAGUAUAAUAAUAAAUUAGAGUAAAUGAUCUCUAGCCAAUUGUGCUUGUCAUCAGUAAGGAAGAGUAUUAAUACGAAAUUAUAUUUAAGGCUGUCUAAGUUAAGGUCAGAUGUUAAUAGUAUUCAUGAACUUUAUUCACAAAAGUAUGUCAUGCAUCUGUGUUAUAUUGUACUGUAUAUGACUUUGAAAAAAGCUUUUCCUUUCAAACGUUUGCCUCCAGUGCCAUAUCGUGUGAUGGUGUAAGUGCAAUUUUAUAAAAAAUUGGAUAACUCCUACCUACCCUUGGUCAUGCUGAGUGAAAAUAUGUUACAUGGUGUUUCUCACUUUUUUUUCCUACUGAAGUCAUAUUUCAUUAUACUUACAGUUAUUGUUCAAUUGUGUUGAACAGAGGGGGAUGGUCAAAUUUUCACAAAGGUCAUCAUGACUCCAGAACCGUCAGUGCUAACAGGUUUGACGAGUAAACAAAUAAAAUGAUCUAACUCCCA